AUACGCUUCCGGUUUUACUUGUGACUCAGCCUGUGAAUAUUCGAGUCCAAGAUAAAGGGCAGAGCACCGUAAUACGUAUAAUCUCUGCCUUCCGCUAUCAUGGCUUUCGGUACUCCCAAACGUAUCGACAUCAGAUACGGUGCAGAAAUAGUACAGAACAUGCUUUCCUUGCUUGAGUCUGCACCAUUUCCUGACAGGGCGCCAAUCGACGCAGACACUCCUUGGAAGCUCGGCAUUGAAUACGAGUACCUCAAAAACCUCAGAGAGACGCUCUUGACCCAGUGGAGCUGGGAAUCCCUCGAAAGCGAAAUCGAAAAAUUCGAUAAUUAUCUGGUUCACUACGAGGAUGAAGGCGAUGUUCUGGACUUGCAUUUUGUACACGUGAGGAGCUCAAGGUCGGAUGCGAUACCUCUUAUACUUCUGCAUGGUUGGCCAGGGACCUUCUUCGACUUCCACAAGGUCAUUGAGCCAUUGACCAAUCCGCCAAGUUCGCACCUCCCGGCAUUUCAUAUAGUGAUACCAUCGCUACCUGGGUACUUCCUUUCGACACUCCCAAGGCGUGACGGAUGGGGCCUUGCUGACACCGCUCGUGUCUUUAACGGCCUCAUGACUUCCGUUCUCGGGUAUACGAAAUAUGUUGGGCAAGGUGGAGAUUGGGGAUCUUACAUUUUACGUGUGAUGGGAUGCCUCUUUCCGGACUCCGUCUCCCUUAUGCACUUCAAUAUGUUCAGGACAGUACCCGUGCAAAAUAGAGACCAAUCCACCCUCUCUGAAGUAGAGAAGCGAAUCGUAGCGCGAGGAGACGAGUUUGCGAUCACCGGUAGAGGAUAUAACCAGAUUCAAGCGACCAAACCAUUCACCAUCGGAAUUGCGAUCGCGUCUUCGCCUCUCGCACUUCUAGCGUAUAUAGGAGAAAAGUUCUAUGGAUGGUCCGAUCCUGAACGACUUGAUGGUCAAGACGUGCUGGAUACUGUCGCUCUGUACUUCUUGAGCAAGUGCUUUCCUACAUCGGUACUCAUAUACAAUCAGGCCAAAGAUCGCGCAGAACUCGUCGAAGCAGCCAAAGGAAACAAGUGGCUCCUCAAAAACAAGUUUGGUGUCUCUGCCUUCCCGUACGAGAUAGGUGUUUCCCCUAGGCAUGACAUUGAGCCAUACGGCCCACUCGUUUACUACAAAGAGCAUACAAAUGGCGGACAUUUUCCCGCUCUCGACAGUCCGACUGAAUUCGUGGAUGAUCUGAGAGAGUUUGUCGGAGAGCAUUGGGUCCGUGCAUGAAAUUUUGGCGUUUGAUGCAGCAUGAGAGACGAGGGAGGUCAUUAGUACGAAGGAGGUCGUGUAAGAGAAAGAAUGGGCUAGCCAAUGUAAUAGCCGGGUGAAUAAUUCGAACAAAGGG